AUGGUGCUUUUGUUGAUUCAUCAGGUGUGGCUUGCAAAAUAUUCUCCAAGACUAUUGCACUGGGUGGUCACUCAAAACUGUCUCCCUUCAAAUUCUGUCAUUGAGAAAAAUCCGGCUUUCUUCAACACUAGAGACAUUGACAUCUUGAAGAUUAUUCUUGGCUUCCCUAUCAAGGAAAAGUUAAGGGAACAGGUUAUUUUUGACACACUCCUGGGUGAUUGGAUUGUGGCAUUUGGCAACUGGGAGUUUGAUCCAUUGAAGUUGAACAAUCCAUUCGGUCACAACAUAAGUAAAGUUCACAUUUGGCAGGGAUAUGAAGACAAGGUUGUGUCCUCUCAAAUCCAGAGAUUUGUUUCAAGGAAUAUGCCAUGGAUAAAUUACGGUGAAGUUUCAGAUGGUACACAUUUGAUUAUCCAUUAUAGUGGUUUGUGUGAGGCUGUUUUGAGGGUGGUGCACGAAAUUUUCCGUCUGCGAUUCUUUGUUGCAGUUCCGUCUGCGUUUCUUUGUAGCAGUUUCCAUCUACGCUUCCUUCAGACAAUCGGCAGUUCCCCUCCUACUGGCUCCUCCUUUAAAAUGUCAUCUACCGUCGCCGGUCAAGAAGCUGCGGUGCGCCACCGUCGCCACCUCGCCCAGAACGAAGACAUUGUUAUGUCGCUGCUCCACGUCGCACUGCUGCCUCUCCACACACCGCACUGUUGCAUCUUCAUAUCCCUUGAAGCCCGCGAAGUGCCGUCGCUAUCUCUACCCCUGCUCCCCACAGCGGCACCGUACUUCUGUUCUGAACAAUCGCGCGUUCUCGACGAGUAA